AAGCCUAAUUAAGCUCCAUCAAUUUUUCUUAGGUAUUCUUAAGCAGGUUAAAGAUUACAUUAAAGAAUGCAGCAAGUGCCAGGAAAAGCUAGAUCGCUCUAGAUCUCUGUCAGAUCCUUCCGAAAUGCUGGAGGAGCUAGGACUGGAUGCAAAAUCUCACGAAGACAGUAAUGAAACGGACGAUGAACCAAGUCAUACGGCCUCGGUCCCAGCCGCGUCCCCCACGCCUGUGAAGAAGAAGCCAAUAGCGAAGCAUGAGCUUGUAUUUGUUGACAGUAAGGGCCUUGUGAAGCAGUCAUCUUCCAAACAUUGUCUGUCAGUCUUAAACCAACUGAAUCAGCAGAGGCUUGCCAAUCAGUUCUGUGAUGUGACUCUGCUGAUUGAAGGAGAGGAGUACAAAGCUCACAAAUCUGUCUUGGCAGCCAACAGCGAGUACUUCAGAGAGCUCUUCAUUGAAAAGGGAGCUGUCACUAGUCAUGAAGCUGUAGUGGAUCUGUCAGGGUUCUGCAAGUCCAGUUUCCUGCCUCUAUUGGAAUUUGCUUACACUUCAGAAUUAACUUUUGACUUCUGUAGCAUGGCAGAAGUGGCCAUGCUCGCCCGGCAUCUCUUCAUGUCGGAGGUCCUCGAAAUCUGUGAGAAUGUGCACAAACAGAUGGAGGACAAACAAAUUAUGGUGUACCAAAAGGGAGAUAUUCAGACAGUAGAGCCGACACAAAACGUAGCAGAGCAGACUGAAGUUGAGACCCAGCCCGCGGACGGCGCUGAGCAGCCUGAGCUCGCAGCCCAGGAAGUGCCAGUGGCUGUGAACGGAGCUGGGCCAGAGGAGGUAGCGGCACCCCUGCCCCCAGAGCCUGCGGAGGCUGCUGGAGCUGAUCCUGCAGAACCUGUGGAGCAGUGUGAAACAACUGAGAACUGCAACAACGUGCAGCUGCUGGAGAGAGUUUCAGAUAGCACCGUGUCUCUCGUAAAGGCCGAGCUGUCAGCUGUGGAAGCCAUCGACACGCAAAAUCAGAUGGAAGUUGAGACAGAUGAAAGUGGUAAAGCAAACGUGGACUCUGCUUCUGGAGACUCCUCAGAAACACUCAAGCAGAAAUGCGGCAGACCUGGCAAAGAGCAGAGCUUUGCGGUUUCCCAGGCGGAAAGCCCAGCUUCCAGCCAAGAUGAUACUUACAAAAGCAAGCUUCGCCAGCGUUCCCUCAGUGAAGGGGAAUAUAUCAGACUGCAUAAAGGAAUGGAAAAAAACCUGCAGAAUAGAAAGACAAAUCCUAAAUCCGCAGUACAGCAGGUUGCCAUGAAGCUAGUACAAAGAGGGAAGAAAAUGAAGCAGCCCAAAAGAGACACCACGGAAAAUAACGAAGUAGAAGCUCAGCACAAAUGCACCGAGUGUGGGAUGGUGUUCCACCGGCGCUACGCGCUUAUAAUGCACACGCUGAAACAUGAGAGAUCUAAGGACUAUAAGUGCCCACUCUGUAAAAAAGAAUUCCAGUAUGGUGCCUCCCUGCGAGCCCAUCUUGUCCGGCACACUCGGAAGACUGAAGUGAACACUGCAGCUGGUGGCGCUGAUGAGACUGGCGUGUCCGCGGGGAAAGGGAGGACUAAACGGGAAUUUAUGUGUGACAUAUGUGGGAGAACUCUACCGAAGCUCUACUCUCUCAGAAUACAUAUGCUCAAACAUACAGGUGUAAAACCACACACAUGCAAGGCUUGUGGAAAGGCCUUUACGUAUAAGCAUGGAUUAAAAAUGCACUUAGCUCUCCAUGAAGUACAGAAACAGUUCAAGUGCGAGUUGUGUGAAAAGUCUUUCGUCACAAAAAGAAGCCUUCAGGAGCACAUGAGCAUUCAUACAGGAGAAUCCAAGUAUCUUUGCUCCAUCUGUGGAAAAUCUUUCCACAGGGCAUCCGGACUCAGUAAACACAUCAAGAAACACCAGCCAAAGCCCGAAGUUCGUGGAUAUCAGUGUACUCAGUGUGAAAAGAGUUUCUAUGAAGCUCGAGAUCUUCGGCAGCAUAUGAACAAACACUUGGGUAUGAAGCCGUUUCAGUGCCAGUUCUGUGGAAAAUGUUACAGUUGGAAGAAAGACUGGUAUUCUCACGUGAAGUCUCAUUCUGUCACAGACCCUUACAGGUGUAAUAUAUGUGGUAAAGAAUUUUACGAGAAAGCUUUGUACAGAAGACAUGUGAAGAAAGCCACACAUGGUAAAAAAGGAAGAGCAAAACAAAAUCUGGAGCGAGUUUGUGAGCACUGUGGGAGAAAAUUCACACAACUCCGGGAAUACAGGAGGCACAUGAACAAUCAUGAAGGUGUGAAGCCUUUUGAAUGUCUCACGUGUGGAGUAGCCUGGGCCGAUGCGCGUUCGUUGAAGCGCCACGUGAGGACCCACACUGGAGAACGACCCUACGUCUGCCCGGUGUGCAACGAAGCUUACAUAGAUGCCCGGACGCUACGGAAGCACAUGACCAAGUUCCACAGGGACUAUGUACCCUGCAAAAUUAUGCUGGAAAAAGAUACUCUUCAGUUUCAUAACCAAGGGACGCAGGUGGAGCACGCCAUCAGCAUUCUGCCGGCAGACGUGCAGGAACAGGAAACGGAGAUCAGCGUUGGUGAUGGCGAGAUCGAGACGCUGGUAGUCACAGGAGAGACGCUGGAAGCCAUCGAAGCAGUCGCAGCUACUGAGGAAUGCCCGUCGGUCUCCACUCUUUCUGACCAAAGCAUCAUGCAGGUGGUAAAUUACGUGUUGGCGCAACAGCAGGGACAAAAGGUGGCUGAAGUGACACAGGCCAUUGAAACGGUCGAAGUAGAAGUGGCCCAUGUGACAAAGACUGAAUAUAGCAUAUGA